AAUAAUAAAUAUUAUUUACAUGAAAUCAUAGAUUGAAGUUUUAAUUCAUUUUAAAAAAUUCACAAACAUCGAUCUUUUCACAUAAGGAAUCUAUUAGAUAAGAGUUCAUAUUGUACUUAUUCUCAUCAUAAAUAGCCUGAAGCUUAACCUUAUUUGAUUGUUAAAACAUUCAAGCCAGAUAAUAAAUAUUCAAGUAAUGAGGUUGAUUAAAAUUUUGUACUUUAUGAAGAAAAUUUAGAGGAUAAAUAUUUCUAUUCAUAAGGCUUCUUGAUUCGAUAUGAGGAGGAAGAAAUACAUACUAAUAUUGGGUGUGUAUUUCGAUUGUCAGAAACUUAAAAUAUUGAGAUUAUAAUUGAAUUGCUAUUCCUGGAUAAAAAACUAAUAGGAGAUAUUUUUGUUGAUGAUUUAUAGAAUGUGGCUUUGUCAUUAAAAUAAUAGAUGCAAAUAGUAUCAAAAGCCACUUUAACAGUUUCUAACCCCUGGAAAUUUAAUUAAGCAUAUUAUCCAAUUGAAUUUGAUACUGCUCAUUUUUGUCUAUUGGAAACAUAAAUUCAUACAAUUCCUAUUCAAUUUUCUUUUACAAAGCAAUAUUUAUCUAAAAUUCUUGUUAAUGUUUCAUAAGAAGAAUUUUAAGAGUUUUUAAACAAAUCUAUAUAUUUGUUAUUGGAGAAUAGAAAAUAAUUAACAAAAUAAUUAGCUAAUUUACAGAAUGAAAAGAAACUGAUAUAGUUAUAAUAUUAGGAAAAAUAAUUAGAUUUAAAAGAUUAAGAUAUAGAAAAUUAAAUUAUACAAGUAUAUUCUUAUCCAUCAAUAGAGUCUACAUGAUCUUCAUCAUGAUAUGUAUAUUUUAUGGUGCGAACUUUUAGAUGCAGUCAAGGAGAAGCAUUAAUAACUUUAAGAUAAAUUGGAAUAGGAAUUCUUAUGUCAAAUGAUAUAGAGAUGGUAAAAUUGUGUACUUUUAAACAAAUCUGAAGUAAAAUAAUUAGAUUAAGCUCAAUAAAAUGGAAAGGGUAACCAUGAGAAAGCAAAGCAAUUGAGAAAUUAAUUUAUUACUUAAGAAAUGGAUGGAAUAAAAUAUAUAGAUUUGUUAUAACCUUUAAAUAUAAAUCCUUUUAUAUUUAAACAUACUUGUGUUUAGAAUGGAUUUGUAUAGAAGCCACCAAAUUCUUUUAUUCAUUAUGUAGUCUUAGUUCAUGGAUAUUAAGGAACUUCAUAUGACAUGAGAUAUUGGAAAUCUAUAUUGACUAUACGUUUUAAGGAGAAAAUAAGAUUGAUAUGUCCUACAUGUAAUGAUGGCAUUUCAAAUAAACCAAUUUAAGAAUAAGCAAAAUUACUUGCUAUUGAAGUCAAUAAUUAUAUAAGUGAUGAUAAUGUGACAGAAUUUCGAUUAUCAUUUAUUGGUCAUUCACUUGGAGGAUUAAUAAUAAGAGCAGCACUUCCUGAGUUGAGUGAAUUUAAAUAGUCUAUGCAUACUUAUGUAAGUCUAGCAUCUCCUCAUUGUGGAUAUGCUUCAUCUGAAAGUGUUUUAGUUGAUACUGGAUUAAUGAUGAUUUAAAAAUGGAAUAAAUGUAAAACUCUAGAAGAAUUAAGUUAAAGAGAUCAUAAAGAUGUUAAAAAUACUUAUAUUUAUAAUUUGAGUAAAGCAGAUGGAUUAAAUUGGUUUAAUAAUGUUGUUGUCAUGUCAUCAUUUUAAGAUCUUUAUGUACCUUUCCAUUCUGCUAUGGUUUAGAAAAUUGAAAAUUCUAAUGAUUAAAGAGUUUAAGCAUAUAAUGAAAUUGUUUCAAAUAUUUUAUCUAAAUGUGGCAAAAUUGAUCGAUUUGACAUUAAUUUUUUAAUAAACAAAAAGUAAUGUAAUUUAUUUUACAAUAGAAAAUUGGAUAAAUUUAUAGGAAGAGCAGCUCAUAUUGAAUUUAUUGAUAAUUUAACAUUAGUAAAAAUGUUUGUUUACUUACACGAUGAAUAUUUUCAUUGA